GUCCAUUUGGUAGCAGAACAGAACAAAAAGAACAUCCUGGACUGACUGAAGUUCAGAAUUGGUCCAGUCGUCCAUCUAUGAGGAGUGACAGGUCCAAAUAUACACCUUCAGACUUCAGUAAAGACCAUGGACCCUCAGGAUCAGGAGAAAAUACUUGGCAGUGUUCGUGCAGAAUUUGUGGAGAGGGUUACUGAGACCGUCCUGAAACAGCUCCUUGACUCCCUUGAAGCAGGUGGUGUCUUUAAUCAUUUGGAGAAAGAGGAGAUACUUGAAAAGAACCAAACCAGAGCAGACAAGGCCCGCUCCACCAUAGAUGCUGUGAGGAAAAAAGGAAAGGAAUCCUGCAAAAUGAUGAUCCAACUUCUUCAGCUAAAAGAUCAUAAACUGUCCAAACAGCUGGGUUUGUCCUUUGCCUUAUCUUUUGCUCUUCGCUGCCGGAGAGAGUUAAAAAAAUUUUUGAAGACAAAGUUGCAAUGUGUGAAUGAAGGCGUUCCUAAAGCUGGAAAAAAAACCUUUCUGGAUCAGAUCUACACAGAGGUCUUCAUCACAGAGGGAGGAAGUAGAGAGGUCAAUGAUCAACAUGAGAUCAAAUGGAUUGAAAGAGCAUCCGAGAAAACCUGUGGACCAGAAAUAACAAUCAGACGAGAAAACAUCUUUGAACCCCCACUUGGAAGAAAGGAUCCAAUCAGAACAGUGAUGACAAUGGGCGUGGCAGGCAUUGGAAAAACAGUCUUAACACAGAAGUUCAUUCUGGACUGGACUGAAGACAAAACCAACCAGGACAUCCACCUCAUAUUUCCAUUCACCUUCAGACAGCUCAAUGCCCUGAAAGGAGAAAGGUUCAGCUUGGUGGACCUUGUUCAUCGCUUCUUCACUGAGACCAACGAAAUCUGCAGCUUUGAACAGUUCAAAGUUGUCUUCAUCUUUGAUGGUUUGGAUGAGAGUCGACUUCCUCUGGACUUCCACAACAAUAUGACUGUGAGAGAUGUCAAAGAGCCCACCUCAGUAGAUGUUCUGCUGACAAACCUAAUCCGUGGUGAUCUGCUUCCCUCUGCUCUCCUGUGGAUAACCACAAGACCUGCAGCAGCUGGUAAGAUCCCGAAGCAGUUCAUUGACCUGGAGACAGAGAUCAGAGGGUUCACUGACCCACAGAAGGAGGAGUACUUCAAGAAGAGAUUUGGUGAUGAUGAGGAGAAGGCCAGCAGGAUCAUCUCCCACAUCAAGACAUCACGAAGCCUCUUCAUCAUGUGCCACAUCCCAGUCUUCUGCUGGAUCACUGCUAAUGUUCUGGAGGAUGAGUUAAAGAUCAGAGACCAAGAAGAGCUGCCAAAGACCCUGACUGAGAUGUACAUCCGCUUCCUGGAGACUCAGAUCAAACAGAAAAAGAUCAAGUACGAAGGAGGACCUGAACUAAAAACACUCUGGACUCAAGAGAACAUAGAGAAGGUUCUGCCGCUUGGAAAACUAGCAUUUGAGCAGCUAUGUGAAGGAAACCUGAUCUUCUAUGAAUCAGACCUGGAAGAUUCCAAGAUUAAUGUCCAAGAUGCUCCACUCUAUCUAGGGUUCUUCACUGAGAUCUUUACAGAGGAGAGAGGGAUGGAUGGCGACUCGGUCUAUUCCUUUGUUCAUCUGACCAUUCAGGAGUUUCUGGCUGCAGUCUACAUGUUCCACUGCUUCACCAGCAGUAAUAGUGAUAGUGAUAGUAAUGGUAUCAGGAACACAAAGGUGGUGGAGAACUUCUUGAGGGAAGAUUACACCAGCUGUAUCGAAAAGGUGAUGAACUUCCUGGGAAAAGGAAAGAAUUACUCAUCUCUGGAUGAGUUCUUGAAGGCAGUCAUGAAUAAAUCCCUCAGAAGUGAAAACGGGCACCUGGACCUGUUUGCUCGCUUCCUUCAUGGCCUCUCUGUGGAGUCCAACCAGAAACUCUUAAGAGGCCUGCUGGGUCAGACAGAGAACAGUCCAGAAACCAUCCAGAGAGUCAUCAAAAACCUGAAGAAGAUGAACACUGGUAGAAUCUCUCCAGACAGAAGCAUCAACAUCUUCCACUGUCUGAUGGAGAUGAAGGACCGCUCAGUUUAUCAGGAGAUUCAACAGUUCAUGAAAUCAAAGAACAGAUCAGAGAAGCUCUCUUUGUCCCAAUGCUCAGUUCUGGCCUACAUACUUCAGAUGUCAGAGGAGGUUCUGGAUGAAUUGGACCUGGAGAAGUACGACACAUCAGCAGCAGGACGGCUGAGACUGGUUCCAGCUGUGAGGAACUGCAGAAAGGCUCGACUAGUGGGCUGUAGUCUCUCACUAACUGAAUGUGAAGUUGUGGCCUCAGCUCUGAAGUCCAACCCCUCCCUGACUGAACUGGAAAUAGAUGAGAUCCAUGAUAGAAAGAGAACCUUUGAAGACUCCGAUGUGAAGCGUCUCUGUGAGAUCCUGGAGACUCCAGUCUGUAAAGUAAAGAAGCUGAGACUGAUAGCCUGCAGUUUGUCAAAGAUCAGCUGUGAUCAUCUGGCAUUGGCUCUGAAGUCCAACCCAUCCCAUCUGACAGAGCUGGACCUGAGCUACAACAAAGACGUGAAAGAUGCUGGACUGGAGGAGCUCUGUGGUUUCCUCCAGACUCCCCUCUGCAAACUUCAGACACUGAUAUUGAUGAGCUGCAGUUUGUCAAAGAUCAGCUGUUCUUCUCUGGUAUCGGCUCUGAAGUCCAACCCGUCCCAUCUGACAGAACUGGACCUGAGAUUUAACAACCUGGAGGAUUCAGAUGUUCAGCAGCUGCAGGAUCUUGUAAAGAGUCCAGACUACAAACUGAAAUCUGUGGAGUGGGGGUGGUUUGAUUUUUAGAGGAGAGAAGCUGAGCUGUCCUGAUGAUCCAGAGGUUGAAGCUGCAGCAGUUUGAGUUUAAAGAG